AUGGGCCUCGCCGUCGUCGAACACCUCGUCCGAGAAGGCUGGAACGUGACCGUCGUCGACUUCAACGAAGAGGCCGGAAAAGCGGUCCAACAGCGGCUGGGCGGUCAAGUGCUCUUCGUCCGUGCCAACGUCAUCAGCUACGAGAGUGUCGGACAGGCUUUUGUAAAGUCCUGGCAGAAAUGGGGUCGUUUGGAUUUCGGUAUGUUGGCAUUGAUCCCCCCCUGGUGUCCCGGCCUGGUAUUGUGGACGAGAAAGAAGUCAUUGGCUAAAGAAACCCUCUUCCAAGUUCAUGCAAAUGCUGGUUUCGGUGACCGGAUCGACUUUUGUGCUCCAGCCGACGAGACGGCCAGCGGGUUCCCAGCACAGCCCGACAAGCUGGUCCUCGAAGUGUGCCUCGACGGCGUCGUCUGGACCGCGUACCUGGCUCUCCAUUUCUUCCGCAAAAACCCCUCAAAGUCGGGCGUGUUGGUGUCGACGUCCAGUCUCGCGGGUCUGUAUCCCGCGGCUCCGGUGCCGCUGUACGGCGCCGCGAAGCAUGGCGUCAUCGGCCUGACGAGAUCUCUGGCAAAACGUCUCAAGGAGAUGAACGAACCCAUCUCAGUCAACUGCAUCUGUCCGGGUCUGGUGCCAACUCCCCUGGUCAGUCAGAAGGUCGUCGAGGUCGUGCCCAAGGAGCUCCUCACGCCAUACACCACCAUCACGCGCGCCGUGCAGGGCUUCAUCUCGGACCCCUCCAUCACCGGCCAGGCGGCCGAGUGCAGCGGUGAAGAUGUCAUCUACAGACCCGUCCUGCCCUAUGGCAAUUAUGCCUCCGACUACAUCGUCGAGGCCAGGUUUGCGGGCCGGGUCAAUCUCGAGGAGAUGAUGGAGGAUAGCGUCGCCAAGGGGAGAGCGCUCGACGGGAUGAAGUUGAGCAAAUUGUGA